AUGAAAAGAAUAUCCGUGGCGGAAACAUCCUCUCCAAAGAGACUUCGCCUGGAGGACAACCUCACGCUAUUCGAUGAAACACGUCGAAAGAGUGCAACUGACCUCCUCGACCCCGCGACAGAUGAAACCAACAAUAUCGAAGCCAAAAUUCACAUGAUUUUUCCUUGUAUCAGUAAAACACGCCAGGUGAACGUUGAGAUGCACGAACAUGGCGACACUUACCGCUUUCUCGUUAUCAUUUCGUCCAAAGUCGAUGAAUUACUUCCCUUCCCAUUCGCUGUUAAUGACAGAAUCUGCCUUUCUCUCAAGGGCGCGCAGAUUCGGCCGAGGGCACAAUCUUCUUCCCCUUACUAUCUACCCGUCGCGCUCGUAUUCAAAGAUGGGAUCGCGGCCAUGCUCAUGUCGGGACCCUUAGCAGGGAAGGUAUUCAGUACUUGGGAAGACUGGUAUAGCGCUACCGGCAACAUUCCCCGCGUCAGAGACAUUGCCCGACAACAUUGCAGAGAAGAACCCACGCCUGUCCUUGCGUCCCAUCAGCAUCUCGAUCCAUCAGCUACUAAUCUUCCUCAAUCUGGCGUGCAGCCACCGGAAAAGGAGCUCACAAGACAACAGAAGCGCAGGCGGAAAAAGCAAGCACUGAAGUCAGUCGUUCUUGAGACCGGACGUGAAUCAGGCGGGCAUGAGAUAGCGGGACCCCAAGCCGAGGCGGUUGCUUCACGAGCACCAUCAUCGCCCCCCACUGAUGUGCAGUCAGCACCACAAGUACCCUCCAACGAGCGCACAAGCUCGGGCUCUGAACAGACCAGUUCGUCGUCGUCCAAUAGGGCAACCCCAGUGGCGGUGAUCGUGCACUCACCGCCUCCUGCCAACGAUCUUGCGCGCAGUCAUGGACCGCUGGCCAUGAGGGCUGGAAUGACUACGCAAGGGGGAGAUAAGUUCACACCAAUCAGGAAGAUUGAAUCGGGACUGGGAUUCUUCAACGUCAUUGGUGUAGUUACGUCAACCAAGCCCCUGACACAAGCGCGCUCACAAGGUGGGAUUCCGUCAGCGUUUAUUGUUGGUUCAUUGUUCAUCGUGGUACUAGACUGGACCCGUAAUUUCACCAUCGUCGACCCGUCCUGCAUGGAAGACGAUGUGGAUGUCGUGACUUAUAAUUUCAAGGUCAACUGUUUUCAGAAGAAGCACGCGGAGUGGCUCCCUCAGGCUGAAGUUGGCGAUAUAGUCCUCUUUCGCAGGCUGAAGACCUCCCCGUUCUGUGGCGGUAUCAAUGGCGUAGGGUAUUGGAAUAAGUUGCGCUGGGCCACCUAUGAUACCCAAGCCCGGCGUUUCCGUGAUCCUAACAGAAAUGACGCCCUACAUUCCGAGAUACUAGACGAUGGAUUUGGGUAUUCGUUCUCACCUUACUACAAGCCAAGUGAACAAGGCAAAGAAGCGGAGUACUGUGCUCAGCUUGCCGACUGGUGGCAAGCGAUACAUGCGAAAGAACAAGGUGUCACAACCGUGCAGUGUGCCCCACGCCCUUCGCGAGAGCAUCACCUCAUCUCUGAGGUCACCCCUGACACUGCUCCUCAAGGUUAUUUCGAUUGUACCGUCGAAAUUCUGUACAGCUAUGAGAAUACUGCUGGACCCCACACGCUGUAUGUGACUGACUACACUGUGAACCCUCAUACCAACCCACCGCAAGCAAACUGGUGCUCGCCGGAACUGUCAGCAUACGUUUUCAAAAUGGAUAUGUGGGAUGGCGCAGGGAUCCUCGCAAAGACGAUGCAGCCCGGAGAGUUCUGGUACCCUCCCAAACGCACGCAUGAUGAGAGAUUCCUAUCUUCGUCUCCACGAGUAAGUGGUGUUGUUGGCCCAACAAUCAUAUCACUCACGGUGUGUUCUCCAGGCGGAAAAAAGAAGUUUGAGCGAGAGGGAGGGGCGUCCGGCUCUUCUGCACGGUUUGACACCAAGUUGAUUGAAGAUAUUGACGGAGAAGUAGCAUUCUUCCACUGCACGGUUGAGGUUCUUCACGUUGAUCUUGCCUCUGCGGAAGAGCCAGUUGUUUACGUCACAGAUUACACAUUCAAUCCCGACCUCGCCAAUCCAGUAGAGCCAGCACCCUGGGGUCUUGGCCUCGACCGCCGGAUCGUCAAGAUUGUUCUGGAGGGUGGGCAGAGAGUGAGGGCUCGUGACCUUCAGCCAGGCGCAAUGUAUAGAAUCAAGAAUCUGCGUUUGAUCAAGAGGACAGGUAUUAAGGGUGCCUUCGGGCGUUUAGGGGGCGAUGAACGACUGAUCAUUGCAGCCAAUGACCGCGAGAAGGAGGAAGUAAAAGCUCUUUUACAACGCAAGGAGAAGUGGAAGUUAGAAAUGAAACGAGACAGGGUAUCCAUCGAACCAGCGGUCAAUUCCAAUGCAAAAUCACGCCAUCCUACUCCCGAGACCUCAGAGGAUCUCACUUUGAAACAAGUUAUCGCCAGCACCGUUUGUCCGAACACGUUUACCAUCGUUGCGCGGGUGACCGAUUUUCAUCCUUUCGAACUGAACCAAGCCACGUACUUGCGGUGCACGAAGUGCAAUACCAACUUACGGCGUGCCUGGAAACGCUGUGUCGACUGCGAUGACAUGCUUGAUACGCAUUGCAAAUGGUUCUACAACCUACUUUUCCAUUUGGAAGAUGAUGAAGGCAACAAUAUCAUUGUUUCUGCCUGCAACAAAGGGUGUAAACUUCUGUCCGGAUUACCUCCUGUCGACUUGGAAGCGGAUAAAGGUGCUUUCGAUCGACUCGUAGCUAGGCUACAACCCGUGAUUGGCAACCUCGUGCAAGUACAUGACGCAUAUGCGAAGCCGAUGGUCCUGCCAGUAGUUUCCCCGAAGAUGCGCUUCACCGUCGAGAGUUGGAUCGCGAAAGAUGAUCGAUGGUAUGGGCUUCUGGAGUGUACUCCACUUUGA